GUGAUUGAAUUGCUGCGUUGCUGACUCCUUUUCAGGUAGAGUGACAGCAGCGACUACUCUGAGAGCAGCAAAGGGCUAUGCCAGAAAUCUCACAGGACAAAACAGAUGCAGUAGGCCCUUUCACAAGUGCUGAUCAAGACUUGGUGGCUUCCAUGUUAUAAUUUAUAAAAUAUUUGCAAAAGGGAACAACAAUAGACAUAGUCUUCCAUGAAGAGCAGACAGUGUUUGAGCAGCAACAGCCCAGAGGAAUAAAGACAUGACUCACACUCUUUGUGGGGAGGUGCUCAGACUAUGAGAGGUACGUGGGACUUACGAUCAACAGAGAAUCCAGCAAAUUCACAUUGCCCCGUCAUGCUUACUCCAGGGCGUGUGCUCACUGAAAACCAGGCAAAUUGCCCAUACUAUUUAUACAAUAAUGGAUUUUGAAUUAAUGAAUAGUGUAGUAGGAAGCUAUCUUAAACCUCCAGAAAGAAUGUUUGUUCCAUCAGUCACCCAGUAUGAAUCAUCGCAGAAUUGCCAUCCUGUGAACCUAGAAGUAACCUCCCCUAAAAUGCCUCAUAGUCCAAAUAGCCAAGCUCUUUUUUUAGCUCUAAAAACUCUUCAGGACAAGAUUCAUCGUUUAGAGUUAGAGAGAACACAAGCUGAAGAUAACCUGAACAUUCUUUCCAGAGAAGCUGCACAGUAUAAGAAGGCCUUGGAGAAUGAAACAAAUGAGAGAAAUCUGGCACACCAAGAACUGAUAAAGCAGAAAAAAGAUAUAAGUAUACAGCUAAACUCAGCCCAGUCUCGCUGUAUUCUUCUAGAAAAGCAACUAGAAUAUACAAAGAGAAUGGUUCUUAAUGCAGAGCGAGAGAAGAAUAUGGUCCUAGAACAACAGGCUCAGCUUCAAAGGGAAAAAGAACAAGAUCAUAUGAUGCUGCAUGCAAAACUUGAAAAGCUUGAUAUCUUAGAAAAAGAAUGUUUUAGACUUACAACGACUCAGAAAACUGCUGAGGACAAGAUUAAACAUUUAGAGGAAAAACUUAAGGAAGAAGAACAUCAGCGUAAACUAUUUCAAGACAAAGCUUCUGAGCUUCAAACUGGACUUGAAAUCAAUAGAAUUUUAAUGUCUUCCAUUUCAAAACCAAAAUACUCUAAGGAAAUGAAGAAAUCUUCAAAGAAAACUAAAUGUUUAAAGAGAGGACCACCUCAGCAAAUUUAUUCAAAGUUUGGAGCACUGCCUUUUGUGGCUGGGAAGUUGGCCAGUGCAAGCCAUUCUGUCAAUGCAAAUAUGCAAAACUUCCUGCAGAUAAUGCAACAUUGUGACCAACGCGCCCUUCCAAAGCGGUCUGAAGUUACUGAACCUAGAUGUCGCUGUAGGCCUAGUAGAAGACCUUCCCAAUGUAAAGCUGUAACUCCUGACUCAGAAAUGUCCAUUUCCAUUUGUGAUAAUUUGUCUGAACUUUUGAUGGCAAUGCAAGAUGAGCUGGACCAAAUGAAUAUGGAGCAUCAAGAAAUAUUGAAUCAAAUGAAGGAAACUGAGAGCCAUUCAGUCUGUGAAGAUAUAGAAUGUGAACUAGAGCAUUUAGUCAAGAAAAUGGAAAUUAAAGAAGAACAAAUUUCCAAACUGAAGAAGCAUCAAGACAGUGUCUGUAAAUUGCAGCACAAAGUUAAAAACUUAAAGAUGAAUGAAGCUUCAGGUAUUCGGCAAGAAGAUAGCAACCCUAAAAGAUCAAAGAACAUAAAAAAUAGUCCCAGAAAAUGUUUGCAUGACACUAACCCUCCACAGAAAAACAGCAGCCUUCCACCAAAACAAGUCCAUAAUCUUCUAAUGAAAUUGAGAAAAGAUGAUAUCUUGUGGGAACAGUAAAACAAUAGCAAAACUGUCAUCUUAAAUGAACUGUCAAUGAGAUCUUGAAUUGUCUGAAGUGGUUUUAAUUUAAUAUAUCUUUAUGAAAAUUUGAAUUAUGUUUCUAGCCUCUAUAAAGGGUAAAGUUGUAGUAUUUUUAAAUUAAUGUCUAAUAACCUGAGUCCCAAAUAAUAAAUGAUUGCUUUUUUGUUUUACUUACUGAUUUAAAUGCCUAAUCUUAUCAUGUUUUAGAAACAUUGUUCACUUUUACAGAUAUCUUAAGCUAAGUCUAAGAAAUUGUAUUGGUUUGACAGUACUCAAACUUCAGCUAAAUUUAAGGUACAAGUACCAUUCUAUUUUUUCAGUUGGUAAGCUUGUAAUCACUGUAAAAUGAACAGGGUACAGAAAAGUUCUAAUUGUCCCAGUGUUUCUUCCCUAUCUUGUUUUUGACUGUGCAGUACUUUUUUUCUUUGGAAAGGGAAAAGUUUAAUAGUUCUGCAGAUUUGUGAAUAGGCCAUUAACCAAAGUAACUCAUAGUUACUUAAUUUUUAGAAGACAACAUUAUAACUUAACUGCAAAAGAUUUUAUCUUCUGUUCCUAUUUUCUUUUAUAAAUCUUGUUGACACCAGUGAUCUAUUUUAUCUUACUACUUUAUAAUUACAACUUUUACUGACUUUUAUUCUGUGCAUUAUAUAUAACAUUCAUCAGUAUAAAUUGAUAUUGUGAUCUUCCAGGAUCCACGUAACUGACAUAUUUUUAAUAAGAAAGUAUAGGAAGAGGAAAUUGGGCAUUUCAUUACCUCAUCCAGUAAAGAUUCAGGGAAAUAUAGUGAUUUUACUUUUUUUUUUUUACUUUUAAACCAAUAUCAGAUAGAUUUCUUUGUUUAUGUAUGCUUUAUAGUAAAUUCAUUCUUCACCUAUCUUGCCAGAGCUUGUGGAAGCUGGUACUAUAUUCUGAUCUCUUUUGGUCUAUACGCAAAUCCCUUAGGGAUAGUUGGAGAAUUGGAGUCAUCAACUGAAGUAGGAAAGGUAUAAUAGAAGGGAGUAGUUCAGAGUAUAAGGUAGCAGUUUAAGAGCUGGAGAUUCCAAAGGGACAGAGUUGGAGUGGUACAUUUUUAUGGAAUCUUCUGAAUCCAUAGCUGGAGGAAUAUUCAAACUACAGGUAGGAGAGAAUUUUUAGGUCAGGAUCCUGGAGAGCUAGGAAGAGCAAUUUUUAAAAGGUAGUCUUUCUCUGUUCUCCUAGGAAAUACCCAAAACAUGUACGUAGGAGAAAGGGGGAAUUGUGGACCUUCUGGAGAGGAGGAAAAUUGUGCUUCAUUCAAUUAUGAGAAGAGGUACUAUAUUAGAAUUCCUUUCCAUAUCUGGAAGUGGGAGGUGAUUGAAAAUGGGCAAAUCAAUACUUGGAAUUGUACCGGAAAAUAAUUAAUAGGCAAAGAUAAAAGUUUAUUUUCCUCUGGUUUAAAUAGUACAUUGUCUUUCACAUGUUUUGACCCCCACCCUCCCCCAGUUAGCUCCUUCAAGCCCCAGAGAUGUUCCACAGAGUGCUUCAUCUAAAUGCUUUCAUCACUUUACCUACUUUUCUCCUUUGCCUUUCCUCCUCAAGAGUGUGAGUUCUAGUUUUAACUUAGCAGAAAUCCACCAGGACCAUAAUGCAGCUCCUUCUUUCUGUGGCUUUGUUUUUCUUGCACUUAAAAAGGUGGAUGAAUAUAUUUAGUUUACCAGUAAUAAAAUCAUUACUUGUGAAAUUUUAUUGCUAAAACAAAUCACCAUUAAAAAGUUUAGAGUCACUCUAGGAAUGGUUGAAUAUUUCAAUUAAAAAUUGGGAAUUUUCUUGCAAAAUCAGGGUGGUAUAGUAGGAAAAAAAGACUUCAGAAUUAGAAGAUUUGGAUUCAUAUCUGACCCUGCCAUUUGGUAGUUUGGACAAGUCAAAUAAAUUUUUUGAACUUUGGGUUUCUCAUCUAUAAAGCAGGGAUAAUACAAAUACUGACCUCACAGGGUUGUUAUGAGGAGUAAAGGAAAUAACGUGAAAAAGCACCCAGCAGAAGAGCUAGUACUAAGUAAAAACUCAAUAAAUGUUUGUUGAAACUAAGUGGGGAAAAAUAUUGUUGUAGAUCCUCAGUUUGCAUGGGUUAAAGCUGGAAAGCAGACCCCUAAUUGUAAUUCAUAAAAAUAGGAACAUUCCAGUUUAGUUGAUUUUUUUUUUUCUUUUUCUGUGGGCCUGGAAGUAAAUUGCUUUGGCUUGUUCCCUAGCUCAGGUUUCUAGUGGGAGGCCCUGGUGCAGACAUAUAUAAUCAUACACAGCUCCUUGGUUUGAAAUUUGUUUUGGUUAUUGGGAAGACAGUUAUUACUGAGAAACAAAAAAUGGAGUUUUGUUACUCCAUCACAGCUGCUAAAUUAAAAGUGUCUCUGGUUACAGACUGCCUGCUUGCCAGAGCCUUUGACUCCUCAGGGGGUGGAACAAGAUCUCCUUCCUGUAUGGGGCAUUCAAUGGUUAGUGUACAAGAGUUGCUGAGCAACCACACAGCUGUGCUCUGCCUAGCAGAAAAAUCACUAUGAUUUCGUUCACUUAAGUGAGGAACAGGUUUGUUUGUUAAUUAGAAAUUGAAAAAAAAAAAAAAAAAAAAAAAAGUAAUUGGAA